AUGGUGACACUUAUCACAGAGCAGCUCCGAAAGCAAAGUUUGGAAGAACCUUAUCACAAGGCUUUCAAUGUCAAUGUGACACUACCUGCUUUAGGCUCAAGCCCCACAAUCUCCUGGAGUGCAUGCAAAUCCACGCAAGAAAGUAGCAUUGCUACACAGCCAUUAUUAAAAGCCAAACCUCUGGAUGCAUCAUGUGCACUGGAUUCCACGUUGCCUUACCUAGUGGCAAAACCUCACCAUGGACCUGAGGCUUCCAUCACUUUACAGAGCUCCCCUCCACCACCCCCUCCAAAACGCCACUGCCGCUCCCUCUCUGUUCCGGAGGACCUUUCUCAAUGCCGCUCCACAUGGCAUCCAAGCGCAUCCAAAGUUUGGACCCCAGUAAAACGUGCCAGUCAAAGUAUAGGAACGUCUCAAUUAGGCUUAGUUGCCAGCUCGUUGCCUCCUUGUGGCCCUAGGACCUUCUAUAAGUCGUCCUCCCUACAUUCCUCCUCGAGUCCUCCUUUCUUUAGCUUAGCAUUAUCUGCUGACUCUCCACUGUCAUGGAACUUUCCAUGGGACCCACGUGACUCACCCAAAACGGCCUGCUCUUCAUUUGCCACCCCAUCCUCCUGCUCCUCAUCGCCAACUCCUCUCGUUGGUCCCUCAGUACUACACCGCCGCUACUCGUUAUCGCCUUUGCAAGUUCUGAACACGUCCGUGCUCUCCCACCAUCCUCAGCUAGCCCACACUUGUGCUCUGACACAUGGCUAUUCCAGUAUGGAGUGCCCAGCUUUGUCUCCUUCUCCUACUUCAGCCUGCAGCACCCCAUCCUCCUCGCGACGCGGCCUACAUCGGGCACUACCCCGGUGCCACUCGCAGCCCUGUGACAUGCGCAAACCUCGUUUGAAAAGGCGCCAUGACCCAGAUGUGUUACCUGGCCCGAGGCCAGGCCUUAACUUCAGCAAGAUGACACAAAUUGGCAAUGGAGAAGCCCUAUUUUCAGGUUGCAUGACUCCGGUGCAUUCCCAAAUAGAGCAGAACUCUGCGCCGUCUCCUGUGGAGUUCCUUGGUCGAGUCAGCAUCAGACCGCGGAGUGAAAGUGAAGAGGAGGACGAAGAUGAUAAAAUGAAAAGAACCGUGACGCCUGAGGCCCAUUUGCUUUUUGAAAGAGACUGCACAGAACUGGACUUGAACCUCAUUGAAGAAAACUGA